AUGGGUGUAAUAAAGAAAUAUUUUAAAACUCAAUUUCGCUUCCAAAUGUUUAUGUUAAAAGAUGAAGAUGUUUCUGAUUUUUAUUUGAGUGCUUUCCAAAAGAAUCGGUCCACUGUACCCUUAUUUUUUAUUAGAUUGAUAAUUAGUUUCGGUUGCAUCGGAACACUUAUAGCAUCUGCGAUGACAAUCACCGAUUUUGGUUAUUGGCCUAUAUUUUUAACACACUGGGGGUUGGUUUUAAACGCAAUUGCCGCUGUGCUUGGAGUUAUUGUUUCCGCUCGGGCAUAUUUACGAGGACCUAUCGAGGCCAUUUUCGGACUACCUUGGUAUGUCAAGAUGUACUGGGUAAUGACUAAUAUAGCUACCACGAUUGCCUUAUUUAUUACUGUUUUUUAUUGGUCAUUUUUAACAGAUUUAGAUGAAGAUUACGCUCCGAAUGAAAUUCUCGACGUGUUCAUUCACCUCGUUAACAGUAUAUUGAUGCUUGCACUACUGCUGUCUGCCCGACAACCAAUGCGUCUGCUGCAUUUUUACCAGCCCCUCGUCGUGGGAAUUAUUUAUAUGAUCUUCAGUAUUAUAUAUUACUUCGCAGGCGGAACUAAUCCAUGGACAAAUGACCCUUACAUAUACCCACCACUCGACUGGUCAACGCCCGGCACGGCUGUUGUGACAGUACUUAUAUCAAUGUUUCUGAUAACAAUUUUAAACGCUGUAUGUGCAGCACUGGUCGUAGGACGUGAUACGCUGGGCCGCUGCUGUCGAAAAGAUAACGAAUAUCCCAUCUCUAUUGGAAAUUACUAA